AUGCGCGUUCCCCAGCUCAUCCUCUCCCUCUUCCUCCUCUUCACCUUCGUUGUUGCUCUGCCCGUGCCGGCACCGGUAGACGCACUUGUUGAGCGGGCGCAAAGCGCAUCUAAGAAGGGCAGCGCGGCGGGGAGGAAGAAGGAGGCUGCUGGCAUCGACAAGAACAUUAAUAUCCAAAAGCAGGAGCAAAAAGACGUCAAGAAGGUUCAAAAGGCCGAAGGCACAAAGGACUUCAAGAAGCAAUCGGGCCAGCUCAACAAGGACAUCGCUAAGGGACAGAAGCAACGCGAGAAGAACCAGAAGAACGCGGAUCCCAAGAAUAAGCAGUUGAAUGAUGGUCUCAAGAAGGUUCAAGGUGCACAGGCCAAGGAGUCGAAGCAGGCCAAGAGUCUGAAGGGCAAUAAUUCUAAGCAAGAUAAGGCUACGCUCAACAAGCUCUCGGGCGAGUUCAAGGGCGGUGAGCAGCAGAACAAGAAGAACAAGCAGGCCGCACUCAAUGGCGGUAAGAAGAAGGGCGGAAAGAGGUCUGCGGAGGAGGCCGAGGAGACUGAGGAGAUGGAGUAG